AUGCCUCUAAGCAAGACGAACAUAGCCGUGGUUUUUCUCGUAGGUUUCGUCAAUUAUUUGGAAUGGGCCAUUGUAAUGACUUCAAUAUACCCGUAUAUUCUUUCGGUAAGUAGUCACUGACAUUUCUACGUUUGUAAAAAUAAUUACAAAUGCAACUGGGUCAUGGAAAAUCAGUAUUAUAAAUGAAAUGGAUUAAUUAAUAGCGAUCAGAAACUGGAAGUUGUUUCACGCGCUUAAAAUCACUCUUUCGUUUGGACGGGUUAUUGCAAUUAAUUCAAUUUUGCCUUCAGAAAAACUGAAAUAAAUAGAAAAUAAGAUCAGCAAUGUCCUGGUAUCUUCGCGCUCAUAAUCGAAAGCACACUGAGAUUUGAGGAUUUACGGUUUCCGGUGGAUUUUGGAUUUUUUAAAUACGGUGCCUUUUAUGUCGUUUUAAGGUGACUCGACCCAGUUUUUUUUAGGGGGUACCAUCCUACUUUGAAGCUCUCUGGUAUCCCCACCUUUACUUUUAUCGUAAGUCUAACACAUAGAAUGGAUAACAUAUAGAUCAAUCUGCAAUAUAACAUAAAAUUUUUGGCGAUCGGAGUAAAUGUCACGUGAUUAUAAUGCCACGCCCCUUUGAGGUCUGAGUCGAAAAUCGGCUGUUGCCAGCAUUUUGUUGUGAAAAUCUCUCGGCUACACAUAGUGCGCAUUAGUGCCUUGCGCUGAACAGAGUUUCGCCAAAAUCGCAAAGACCCAAUUCGAGAAAUUCAGCGGUUUCCAAAUUUAGGUCAUAAUUUAUGCGAAAAUGAUAAGCAAACUUUACACGGAUUAUAUCUAAUAAACCAAGAGAUUCAUCCCUUUAUUUUGGGCAUCGUUAUAACAGAUGGGUCCUUGCAAGUCAGCAAAACGCUUUAGGGCCUUGUAAAUGCGCGCGAUUUCGAGCAAAGCAAACAUAUAGAAAUUAUAGUUUUCGCUAUUUGUUGACGUUUGUCAGCGUUUGAGAGUCCUUCUCACGAAAAAAGCAUUUUCUUAAAAAUUCGUAGUUUUUUUUCCUUCAAAUUUUUUCAGGGCCACAAUUGAUUAACUAACUACCCGGACUCUGAAUUUCAUGGUCAUUGAAAAACUGUGACAUUAUCUUCUAUAAGCUCAAACUUGAGUAAACAUUGAAGAUUUUUAGCGUUUUGGCUGAGUUUGUGCUUUGGGAGUUGUCUAUUGUUUCUAGUCUGUCAUUAUACAGCAUUCUUGUUCAGCACGCGUGCAAUGACCACGCUUGGCUGACUUCCGAAUGCUCACCGAGAUAUUCCCGUCACGAGUUGGUUUAAUUAUUGGCUUGCAUUAAACCUAUGAAAAAAUGAUAUUUUUGUAAUAGUAAGUAGACUUAGUGUGUAGCACUUCUUGAUUUUUUUGCAAAGACACAAGAAGCACGAGAAUUGAUUAAAAAUUGUUAGUUAAACCUCUAUGUAUCACGCGAUGGCCUGUCUCACUGUACCAAAUUUAUAAUAUCUCGGUGAGCAUUCGGAAGUCAGCCAAGCGCGGUCAUUGCACGCGUGCUGAACAAGAAUGCUGUAUAAUGACAGACUAGAAACAAUAGACAACUCCCAAAGCACAAACUCAGCCAAAACGCUAAAAAUCUUCAAUGUUUACUCAAGUUUGAGCUUAUAGAAGAUAAUGUCACAGUUUUUCAAUGACCAUGAAAUUCAGAGUCCGGGUAGUUAGUUAAUCAAUUGUGGCCCUGAAAAAAUUUGAAGGAAAAAAAACUACGAAUUUUUAAGAAAAUGCUUUUUUCGUGAGAAGGACUCUUAAACGCUGACAAACGUCAACAAAUAGCGAAAACUAUAAUUUCUAUAUGUUUGCUUUGCUCGAAAUCGCGCGCAUUUACAAGGCCCUAAAGCGUUUUGCUGACUUGCAAGGACCCAUCUGUUAUAACGAUGCCCAAAUAAAGGGAUGAAUCUCUUGGUUUAUUAGACAUAAUCCGUGUAAAGUUUGCUUAUCAUUUUCGCAUAAAUUAUGACCUAAAUUUGGAAACCGCUGAAUUUCUCGAAUUGGGUCUUUGCGAUUUUGGCGAAACUCUGUUCAGCGCAAGGCACUAAUGCGCACUAUGUGUAGCCGAGAGAUUUUCACAACAAAAUGCUGGCAACAGCCGAUUUUCGACUCAGACCUCAAAGGGGCGUGGCAUUAUAAUCACGUGACAUUUACUCCGAUCGCCAAAAAUUUUAUGUUAUAUUGCAGAUUGAUCUAUAUGUUAUCCAUUCUAUGUGUUAGACUUACGAUAAAAGUAAAGGUGGGGAUACCAGAGAGCUUCAAAGUAGGAUGGUACCCCCCCCAAAAAAACUGGGUCGAGUCACCUUAACAGAGUAACGAGGUCAAAAAAUAAAUAAAUAAAAUAGGUUCAGCGAAAGCAUUGGCAUUUUAUGAAAUCACAAGCUGUUGCUUUCCCAAAACUGCCGUUUCUAUAAGAAUAUAUAUUAUAGCAAUAUCAAGGCUGAAAUUUGCGAAAUUUUAAGAUUAUUUUAACAAUUAAAAAACUGUAAAUACAAUACAAUUAUAUGUUUUCAACUUAUUCCAUUCUCUAAAGGGCAAAACUUGUCAACAAAACGAAAAAUCCUGCACUAACUAUAAUUGAUACCCCAAAAUAUUCUAAAAGGGACAUGUCAUAAGCGAUAAUUUAAGAAUAAUACAAGAUUAUUUUCAGCUUUAAAAAUCCAUUGCGUGACUACAUUGUAACAUUUCUCCUCGUUAAUCUUACAGAUGUCUAGCAAUACUUCUUCUUCGGCGGCCUAUCUCUCUUUAGCUCAAAGCCUGUUUCCAUUGGGUCAAGCAAUCUCUCAACCAGUAGCUAGCCUGCUUGUAAAAAAGCUGCGACAGAUUAAGAUUGUCCUCAUCUGUUCUAUCAUAAUUGCCAUUGGCGGGAACGUGACAUACAUGGCAGCGGAUAGAGCUCAUUCUGUUGCGCUGAUUAUCCUGGGAAGAGCUUUAGCUGGUUUGGGGGCAGGUAAGGUGGGGUGGACUGAAUUCAUUUGUUAGUUCAAUAACAAUUAAUGCUGAAUUAGAAGAACUGUUUUUUCGAGUUUUGAUAAAGACGAUUAUUGUUUGACACUGCUGGAAACACCUUGUGUGUUUGUGGGGGGGGGGAGGGGGGGGGGGGGGCUACGAAUUUGACCCCCAACCAAACAAACAUAAACUUUUGUAAAGUUCAGCGAUUUUGCAGAGUUACAGCUAGUUUUUAACAAAUAUCGUUUAAACUUGGCAACUUUACUGAUUUUAAGGCGUUUCCAGCCACAAAUUAUCGCUAACUGGCCCCAGUUUUAAGUUGAAAAAACUUUGGAAGGAUCUGUUAUGUUGCUACCGCUACCAAUCUGUCUGAAGGCUUCGUUUUGACGGUUAUCUCCCGAGGAGGGUGUACUCCAUUAUUUAAGCUAUAUAGGUAUGUGCCGCCCCAAAGGGUAUGGUUUUUGGGCCGUUUUGAUCAGAAAACUUUUUGGUCUGGAAUCGGGUGUGGUUUUUAAGGGAACUGCGGGAGUGUAUGAAUGUAUUUAUUCUUUCAAUUCCAAUAUGAAGAAGAAAGAAAGAGAAAUAUGCGAAUUCGAAAUAGAUUUUAAGAAAUCUUUUUUUGUUGCUGUUCUUAUCGAAGUGAUUAUGACAUAAUUUCUUAAAGGCCAGGUCUAAGAAUGGGUAUGUAUUUUGGAGGCCAGGUCUGAAAACGGGUGUAAAAAAUAACAUUUUUUGGUCUAAAAUAGGGUCCAGAUUUAAAGAUCGGGCGGCACACCGUACACCCCUGCCAAAAAUUCCUAGGAGUACCCCCCGGGGGAUAUCUCUUGAAGUGAACAAGAAUUGAAGGAAAGAUUAGUGUGAUAUUUUAAAGUGACUGCUAAUAUGUGACCUUUCUUACUAGGUAGCGGAGGAGUAGCUUAUGGUUUUAUAGGUGCUAACACCAGCCGAGAAAGCCGCACCAAAUUUAUGUCUUAUUACAGGGUUACGUGUAUGGCUGGAGUAAUGUCCUCUACGAUUGGUGAGUUACAGAUUAUUCACGCCCGCACCACUCGUCGCCUGAUCGAUUAUAUCAGUAUUGGUAUCAAUUUUUCGUCCCAGGACCAGCCACAUUUUGCAGGCUGGUCAUUACAAUUGGCAAUAUUAACAACAAUAAAUACACUCAAUAUUUGUACUUUAUUUUUAGUGUGUUAUUACCAUUCUAUUUUUAAUAUUUAUUGUCGUCAUCAUCAUCAGAUCGUCGUCACCAUCACUGUCUUCAUCAUCAUCAUCCUCAUUUCUUCACCAUUAUCGUGGCCACCACCAUUACCGCCAUCAUCAUAAUUGCAGGAUUACAUCGUCAUCAUCGCCAUAAUAACUUCAAUGACAACAUGGAGUAGUACCUUAAGCUUCGAUAAUCAUUUUGUACUGUGAAUUUUUCCCCUCACUUGGCUAAACUAAAAAGCCUUAUAAUGCAUUCACGAAUAAUAAGAAUACAUUAUAAUGUAUCCUACCUCCUCAUCAAGGUUGAAUUUUAGCUUGCUAUAACUAGGGGAAGAAAACAUUUCUGAUUGCUUUGAAUUUGUUUUCAGCAUCUGCCACCUUCUUACCCCACUUUGGCAAGAACGUUAUCGGUAAAGCAACGGGAUUAGAUGAGUAUUCUGCACCUGCAGCUCUCACUAUUCUCUUUUUGUGCGUCAGUUUGGUUCUGGUCACCUUCGUACUAAAUGAAAACAACUGUUCACCGAUAGGUAGGUUUAUUCAUAUUUCUGUGGUCUUUAAGACUAGUUUAGCAAUGGAAAAUUUUUUCCUAUUUGUUUAAUGCGUUCACAUUCGAUUCGUUCUUCACAUUUGUUUUCCAGGCGGCUCAGAAGCUGGCACAUCAGUAAAAAGCUUGCUCAAGUCACGUGGUGUACUUCUGGGUCUGAUGCUGUAUCUUUUGAAUGGUUUUGUGACCACAUGGGUGGGGUUUGUACUGCCUUUGAUCGCGUACAACCAUUUCCAUUUUAUAUUGCACAAAUAUGGCUGGCUGAUGGUCGGCGUGUCUGCAACAGCAACAAUAUCAUCGUUAAGCAUGGCGCAGGUGUCUAAAUCCAGUUGUAUGGCUAACAAUAGAAACGGUGACUGGAGAGCAUUGGUGAUUUCAUAUACCGUCAUGAUAAUCGCAAUAGUUAUUUCCUAUCUGGGUGGUCCUUCGGUGAGUAUGUUACUAACAGAUUUUACAGUAAUUGUUCGAUUCUUUUGCACGUGAUUCACUUCGAUCAGUUCUUCGAUCGUUUCUAGGCAAGAGACGACCGAUUCUCCAUUCUCCCUCUUUUUAUAAAGAAGCGGCUUCGUAACAUUCGGAGCCUGCCGGCCAGGUUAGGCUGCGCGCGUAUAUAAAAGAAAAACUUAUCGCAAAACAGCUCAUACCUGCAAAAGGAAAGUGCUCGAUUAGUAAAAUGAAAUAGUUAUUGGUCCGAGUUAAAACUCUCGUAACAAAGAUAGUAAUACGACAGAUAUAUUGAGGUAUAGAAGCAAUGUUCGCUAUUUGAGCCUAUGUUAGAGAAAUUUAUGCAUCUUUACUUUUCGUUUGCAUUACCAGAUAAGAAAAAUGUAUGUGUUUAGGUAAUGUGAAAGAAGUUCAUAGAAAGAUAUUAAUUGAAUACAUUAUGCGUUUCUUCAGGUUUUAAAGUCUUUACCAGUUGCAGCUAAGGAAGGGCUCUUUAUAAGCGGAGCGUUAGUGGUGUUUUUAACGUACUCUGUGGCUGGAGUGGUAUUGCCUUCAUUGAUGACCAAAUAUGUACCCAAGGCUAUGAUGGUAGGUGCACAAAGCAUCACGGGACUCAAGUGAAUGAAAAGCGCGAGAAUCUAUCAGUAGGAAUGAGUGCUGUUGUGUUUCUUCUCAUUUCUAACAAAGCGAUUUUCGUAUGAAAAGUGAAUACAACGGUCACCAUAACAUCAGACAAACUGACGAGAAGCGGUGCGGUUUUCGAUGUGGAUUUCCCUAGAUCAGAGAGUUAGGUCAAACACAGGCAGACUUUGAUUGGUUUAUCGCACUGAGGAAAAGGCGUGGCGAAGCUUAUUAAAUUGUUUUAGCGAAUUGAAGCAAUCACGCAGCGCGAUUUCGAUUGGCUUAGCGAGAUGAGACAAACGCGAGGCAAGCCCUCUGGCUGAUUCGGCGAAUUUGGUCAUAAUGCUAGGAAGCGGAAAGAUUGCACGCGCUGAAAAGUUGUAAUAUCCUUCUACGAGAAAACGAUUAUUUUUAAUCCUGUCAAAUCUUGGCGGAUUAGAAUUACCACCCACAUUCGUGGAUGGGAAAGGUUUCUAAGCAAACAUGGUCAUAUUUUUCAAUUCCUCUUUCAGCCUGUUAUAAUGCCUUAUGGUAUCGCCGCAAUGUCCGCAGGAAAAGUUGUUGCUCCACUCCUUAGCAAAGCAGAGUUGGCGAUUCAGGGCUGGGACCUUCUUUUCAUGGGAUCCGCUGUUUUAACACUGGUUGUUCUGCUGUUGUUUGCUUUUCUAUAUCGCGCUCCUCAGCCUGAAGAAACACCACUUCUCCCUGAAAAAAGACAUACAGAAUCAGUAGAGGAACCUAUACUUUCUUCAGUAGAACAAGGACUCAUGAACCCACGAGGGAAAAGACUUGAAGAAGUGUCGGGAUAUUUUGAUAGAAACAAGAAAGAAAAACACAAUCAAGACGAUUAA